AUGAACAACAAUAUGGAAAUACACGAGGACGUCCAAUAUAAGGUUCUGCAAAGAGCAGAACUGGCCAACUCCAUUUGGAACUUGAGGUUCAACCUUAAUAAAGUUACCAAACGAAUUCACAAGAAAGCGAAAGUUUUUCGAGAAAAUAGAAUAAACAAAUUACAAUUUCCAAUAGAGCAAGCCUGUUACCGAUAUUUUCAACACGAUCACUUAGGAGAAGAACAUGUUCCGUUGAUUCAAGGUUUCAAAUGUUUGGACUCUCCUCCUCCUGUUCCGCCAAGCUCAUCACAGGGAGAAGACGAAGAGAGCACAACAGAUUUACAAAAUUAG